AUGGAUCGGUUGGUGCAUCUUGCUGGAUUGAUGCUUUUGGCUCGGCCAAUUACUGUUGCUGCUGCUGCUGUUGCUGCCAAUGGGUCUUCUUCGCUUUCGUUUGCUCAGCCGACGGGUUAUAGCACUUCUAGCUACAACGCUUCUGCUCAACCUACGCCUUUUACCCGAACCGACUACUCGCACAAUGCACUUGCGGCGCUCUGGGAUCAAGUGGGACCUGUUGUCACGGGUACGGUUACAACGACCGUUGAACCGACGCCUGAGCCUUCUGUGUAUCCACAGCCAGACCCGCGUUACUACCAUGCCCUGGUCGGUACUGGGUACCCCGAGACUCAGGGCCUGAAGUUGCCCGCGAACUUUGUCUGGGGAUUGAGUUCUUCGGCAUAUCAGAUUGAAGGAGCGGCCAAGGACGAGGGCAAAGGGCCAAGUAUCUGGGAUCUGCUCUCACAUCGCGUGCCAAACUUUGUGGCGGACAAUACGACGGGUGAUGUUGUUGCUCAGCAUUACUAUCUGUACAAGCAGGACUUUGCUCGACUUGCAAAGUUGGGUAUCAAGGCGUUUAGUCCGAGUUUCUCGUGGCCGAGAUUCUUUCCCUUUGGCAAUGGGCCUGUCAACGAGGAAGCAGUUGCACAUUAUGAUGAUGUGAUUGCGACUAUGCAUGCCAAUGGGCUUCACCCUUCGGUGACACUCUUCCACUGGGAUACUCCACUUGCAAUCUUCAACGAGUACGGCGGAUGGACGGACCGCCGCGUUGUAGAUGACUUUUUCAACUACGCCAAGUUUGUCAUUACUCGCUACGAUGAGUUCGUCGACGAGUGGUUCACUAUCAACGAGCCCCAGUACUGCAACUGGCAAUAUGCAUCUUACCCAGCCGGGGAAUACUAUCCGGCACCCAACGGAGUCGGGCCUGGUAUCGAGGCCCGUUUCUUGUGUGGCCACUACACGCUGCUUGCCCACGCCAAGGUCGCAAAAUGGUACCACGAGGAAUUCAAGGGCCGUGGCCGCAUCACGUUCAAGAACAGCGGCAACUACUACGAGGCCAACAGCACAAAGCCCGAAGACGAAGUGGCCCGGCAACGCAACUUUGACUUUAGCAUUGGCUGGUUUGGGGGUUGCUGGACUGACGGCGACUACCCGCAAUCCCUCAAAGACACCCUUGGCGACCUCUUGCCUGAGUUCACGCAAGAAGAAAAAGACCUAAUCAAGGGCUCAUGUGACUUUUACGCCAUCGACCCUUACUCGUCGUUUGUAGCUUUUGAAGUCAACGGCGGCCUCGAGGCCUGCACUAGCAACCGCUCUCACCCUUCGUUCCCUGACUGUGCUGGCUCCGCAAGCAUAGCUCCCAAUGGCUUCCCUAUUGGACCUGCAGCCGACCCAGCCAUGUCGUGGUUCUACUCUGCACCCGCAGGCGUACGCCGCUACCUCAAGCACAUCACUCAAGUCCUCUUCCCCUCCAUCCCCGACAUUGUUGUCAGCGAAUUCGGCUUCGCAGAGCCCUUUGAAGCGCAAUGGAGCAACAUCAAUGCCGCACUGUGGGAUCUUAAGCGCGCAGACUACUACCAACAGUACCUAGACAAUAUCUUGCUUUCCAUCCAUGUGGAUGGUGUUAAUGUGACAGGCGCGUGGGGAUGGUCGAUAUACGAUAAUUUUGAGUGGCUGCUGGGCACCUCGGUCAGGUUUGGACUGCAGUAUGUGGAUUAUGAGAGUUUGGAGCGGUAUCCCAAGGCGAACCUUCCCUCCCCAAUCGCCGCCGACCGCCCAUCCACUCCGCCCUCCCCCGCUUCUUCUACUUCCCCAGUCAUCUCUGCCCCCUCCACUCUCCCCGGUCCCACCACCAACAUCCUUCCGUCUCAACGCACUCCAGCCGGAAAGCGCAGGUACAGCUUCUCCGACAGCGACGAUCACAACGACCACGGCGACCAAGACCCUCUUUCGCGCACCGACCGAGGCAGGCUAACCCGCCACACCUCGAAGCGCAGGCGCAGACUCGACGGGACCAUGCGCCUUGACAACGACGACGCAAAGACAUCACAAUCGCCCUCGCGAAACUUUACCAACGGUUCGUCACAAUCAUCGGCGCCCAGGUCGCCGCUGGGCAAGCAUGCGAAUGGCAGCUCCCACAAUCGGACUGAGAGCAACGGCUCCUACACAAAUGGAGGUCCGGUAGCGAACGGAGGAUCGUCGGUUCCCGCGACCUUUUUCGGCCAUGAUAGGGAAGAAGUAACGCGGAUACUCAUACAAAGUCUGACCGAUUUGGGAUAUCACAAUGCAGCAAGCGCAUUAUGUAAAGAGAGUGGCUUUCAGCUCGAAGGCCCCACGGUUGCAGCAUUCCGGAGCUCGGUCUUGAACGGCGAUUGGGAAGAGGCGGAAGAGUUAUUGUUUGGCUCAAAUGGAAAUGAUAAUGGAGGCGGCGUUGGUUUGGAUGCUUCGUAUGGAAAGCCGUGGGAAAAGUCGAGGUCGAAGACGGGCUCGCGGCAAUCUGCGGGUCUGACGCUUGCUGAGGGUGCGAAUCGGGAGGUUAUGUUGUUUUGGCUGAAGCAGCAAAAGUAUCUGGAAUUGCUGGAGCGAAGAGACCUUUCAAAAGCGCUUCAAGUACUCCGACAAGAGUUGACGCCACUUCACCAAGAUGUGGGCAGGUUACACGCUCUUUCAGCUUUUAUGAUGUGCCAGUCUGCUGAAGAUUUGAGACACCAAGCUCAGUGGGAUGGUGCUCGCGGCGAGUCGCGAAUGCAUCUUCUUUCAGAUCUGUCGAGGUCAAUUUCACCCAGCGUCAUGAUUCCAGAACACAGGUUAGCCGUAUUAUUAGACGAGGUAAAAGACAGCUGGAUCGCAAAUUGUUUAUAUCAUAACACAGCUGCAUCACCCUCGCUCUACCUGAAUCACAAUUGCGAGAGAGACGAUUUCCCCACAAAGGCCGUGCUUGAUCUAAGACAUCACAAGGACGAGGUUUGGUUUUUGCAAUACUCGAACGACGGCACCAAGCUGGCGUCGACAAGCAAGGAUUGCACAAUCAUCAUCUACGAGACGAGCACAUAUAGGGUGCUACAUCAAUUAGACGAACACCGAGAAUCAGGUGUCACUCAUCUCGCGUGGAGUCCUGACGAUACCAAGAUUGUAACGUGCUGCUCUCAACCAGAAAACUCUGCGAGGAUAUGGGACGUCAAGUCGGGUGCAUGCAUACAAUGCAUUAGCGACUUUACUUAUCCAUGCACAACAGCAGCUUGGGAUCCCUCCGGCACGCGCGUAAUCAUCGGAUCGCAAGACGACCGCAUGGGCUGUGGAAUCUGGGAUCUCAACGGCGACCUCAAGCACAACUUUUGCGACGACGGCGCAAGACUCCGCGCAAACGACAUUGCAGUAUCACCAAACGGCGAGCGCCUUGUCAUCAUCACCGAGAGCUCAAUAGUAGUCUUUGACUUUGUCAGCUACGAGAAGAUUGCAGAGUUCCAGCUCGACGACGUCAAACUAACCAGUGUGAUGAUCAGUCAGGACUCGCGCCACAUGCUUGUCAGCAUGAGUCCCGAUCAAAUCAAGCUUAUGGAAAUCGACACCGGCGACGUCAUUCAACGGUUUGAGGCGCACGUUCAGAAACAAUUCAUCAUCAGAUCUGCCUUUGGCGGUGCCGACGAGAACUUUGUCGUUAGCGGCAGCGAGGACUCGAGAAUAUAUAUCUGGCGCUCUAACGGUCUCCUCAUCGAAGCCCUCGAUGCCCACCCCGGCUGCGUCAACAGCGUAGCCUGGCACCCCAAAGAUCCCACUACCUUUGCCUCGGCAGGCGACGACAUGCGUGUCAAGAUUUGGAAACCAGCAUCUGCGUUGCCGAUACCGACGGAUCAUUCUGGCUAUGAACGGUAG